AUGCAUGAUCUCGUCCAUGAUCUUGUACUCUCUAUUGGCCAUGAAGAGUGGUCGGAAAUAGACUCUGACAAUAAAGACAUGGCCUCGACAGUUCGUCAUUUGUCAAUUUCAUCUAGUAGCCAACAAGUUUCGAAGUUCUCAAACAAGUUAACUAAUGUGAGGAGCAUCAUGUACCGAAACGAACCACACGUGUCCUCAGUUGAAGCAUGCAUCUCAAGAUUCAAGUCUUUACGUCUGUUAACUAUACCUUAUUCAGAUUUUGAGAAUUUGCCAAGUUCCAUUGGUACUCAAAAGCAUUUGAGAUAUCUCGGCCUAUCUCUUAAUCAGUCAAUCAAGAAGCUUCCUAAUUCCAUUUGCAAGUUACACAAUUUGCAAACCUUGUUACUUGAUGGAUGUAGAGACCUUGAACGACUGCCCAAAGAUAUGAGGAACAUGAUCAACCUUAGGUUUCUUACGAUUUCAACAAAAGAUACAUGCUUGUUCGUGAAUGGAGUAUGUUGCUUUAAUUCUCUUCAGAUUUUAUGGGUGGUGGAGUGUCCAAGACUCGAAUGCUUGCUUCCACAGAUGGACAGGUGCCUCACCAACCUUCGUAUGUUGGUUUUUGUGGAAUGUGAAAGUUUGACCUCUUUGCCACCUAUUAUCAAGCACCUAAAAGCCUUAGAGUCAUUGUACAUUUGUGAUUGUGAAGAGAUAGAUUUGACGGGAGGAGGAGGAGGAGAUGCACAGGACCUCAAUUUGAGACUCCAAAUCUUGUAUAUAACAAAUUUACCAAAGUUGGAGAUUUUACCCGAAUGGCUCCUAGGAUCUGCAAACACUUUAAAGCACCUACAUAUCGAGCAGUGUGAAAAUCUGAAGGCGUUGCCAGAGUGGUUACCAACUCUGAAAUCACUUCAGACAUUGGAGAUCAUUGAAUGCAAUGAGCUAUCAUCUCUACCGGAGGGGAUUCGUCAUAUGAAAACAUUAAGAAAACUGGUGAUCAUUCCUGAGCUCUAA